AUGGCAAGUGCUGCUUACUUCACCUCAGAUUGAUGUUGAUAUCAUAGCAGUCGCUCAAAAAACGGCAAUCGUAAGUUUAAUUUUGAAAAAUGGCUUUCGUGGAGGCUCCUUUUCAGUCAAAGACUAUGGAUUCCAUGGUACCAGAUUGGCUUUCGGCUAAGCAUAGCACAGGGACUUCAAUUAUGGCUUGCGAGUUUGAAGGUGGUGUAGUAAUCGGUGCUGAUUCGCGAACUACCACAGGUGCCUAUAUUGCUAAUCGAGUCACAGACAAAUUGACCAAAGUAACGGAUCAUAUUUACUGCUGUCGCUCUGGUGCUGCUGCUGACACUCAGGCCAUUGCAGACAUCGUUUCAUACCACUUGGGCUUUCAUGAAAUGGAGCUUGGUGAGCCACCUCUGGUAGAAACAAGUGCCAAUGUAUUUCGUGAGCUGUGCUACAAUUACCGUGACUCUCUUAUGGCUGGGAUCUUGGUCGCUGGAUGGGAUCGUCGUAAGGGUGGUCAAGUCUACAGCAUUCCAUUAGGUGGUAUGUGUGUUCGCCAGCCAAUUGCAAUUGGCGGAUCAGGAUCUAGCUAUGUCUAUGGAUAUGUGGAUGCUCAUUAUAAGCCAAACAUGACCAAGGAUCAGACAAUCGAGCUAGUUAGUAACACACUGGCCUUGGCAAUGUCACGAGAUGGUAGCAGCGGUGGAGUUGUACGCAUUGGAGUUAUAACUAAAGAUGGUGUUGAGCGACGUGUCAUUCUAGGUGAUCAGUUGCCACAAUUCUAUGAGGGAUAGGUUAUUACAAAACUAAACGAUCACAUAUUUGAGGUACAUAAGUACAUUCUAAUCUUUUCAACUGAUACACUUUGAUUUCGCUAAAUAAAAAAUGAGAACGUAA